AUGAUUACAACAAAUAUCCUUUCCUUGCUCAGAUUCUCGGCCCUUUUACGUGUUGUUUUAAUUAUCUAUGGAGAAUGGCAAGACUCUCAUAUGGAGGUCAGAUAUACAGAUGUUGAUUACCUUGUCUUUUCUGAUGCUGCUUCCUUAGUGGCUUCCGGACAGUCCCCAUACCAAAGAACAACAUACCGGUAUUCACCUUUGCUGGCAUUUUUGCUCGUUCCAAAUUCAAUUAUUCAUCACUCUUGGGGGAAAUUUCUAUUCUCGGCUUCAGAUUUACUUGUGGGUUAUUUUAUCCAUUCCAUAUUGAAGCUUCGGAAGGUACCUGAGGAUCUUUGCAAGUAUUCUGUAAUGGUAUGGCUCUUCAAUCCAUUUACCUUCACCAUUGGAACUCGUGGGAACUGUGAGCCCAUUGUUUGUGCCAUGAUUUUGUGGAUCAUUAUCUGUCUUAUGAAAGGUAAUGUUUUACAAGCUGCAUUUUGGUAUGGACUUGUUGUCCACUUCAGAAUUUAUCCUAUAAUUUAUGCACUUCCAGUUAUCCUGGUUCUUGAUCCACUCUUCUUCCAAUCGGGUUUUAAGCCGAAACUCCUAAAUUGGAGGCUUAGGCAAGACAAAAAUGCUCAAAGUUAUAGUAAAAUGGCAGAUCAAUAUGGCUUAUGGACACCAGUGAAAACUAUAUUUGCAAAAGAGAGAAUAGUUUUUGCUCUGGUGUCAGGGGCUGUCUUCCUAUCUUGUACUGCACUAUUCUUCUAUUUUUAUAGAUGGGAGUUCUUACAUGAGGCGCUGCUAUACCAUCUUACUCGUACUGAUCCAAGACACAAUUUUUCAAUUUAUUUUUAUCACAUUUAUCUCCAACAUGAAUGUGAGUUCUCGGUGGUGGAAAAGCUCAUCUCCUUUUUGCCUCAAUUUGUAGUACAGAUGGUUCUCAUUUUCAGAUUUGGUCAAGAUCUCCCAUUUUGCUUUUUUCUGCAGACGGUGGCAUUUGUAGCCUUCAAUAAGGUGAUAACGGCGCAAUACUUUGUUUGGUUCUUUUGCUUACUGCCCCUGAUACUGCCGUGGACCAAAAUGAAACUUAAGUGGGAAGGCUUCAUUUGCAUUCUUGUGUGGAUGGGGGCUCAAACUCACUGGUUGCUGUGGGGUUAUUUGCUGGAAUUUAAGGGCAAAAACGUCUUCUUAAAACUCUGGCUCGCAAGCUUGGUGUUUCUGGCCGCUAAUACGUUCAUCCUCGUCAUGAUAAUUCGUCGGCAUAAUUACUCCCCAGUAUUUGAGCAGCUCGAAGCUGCAACUUUGAAGAAUGUAGUGAAACUUCAGUAAGGGAUUUGAGUCCUUGUAGAUUUGCUAGAGUAGUUGAACUAGUUUAUGAUGAACUUCUACACUUAAACUUUUUACCAAAUUUUGGAAAAAAAUAUUUACCA